UAAGAGCAGUGUAUAAGAUUUAACUUUCAGUACGGAACACAUCGAAUUCCACGGUGGUCGUGUUCAGAGCAAAAAUGAAAGUGUUUGUUGGAGUGUUUCUGUGCAUUUUGAUUGUUCGCGAAGCUCGUUUACAGAUUUCACGAUGCCGCAAUCCCAACCAGCGUACUGGAAUUUGUGUGGAUAUAGCCCGGUGUUCGCCACUAAAUUCCGGGCGGAUGAAGACCCCUUCGCAGUGGCAAUUCAUUGAUGCCUCUCGUUGUUAUAGCCCGGACAGUAGGACCUUCGUUUGCUGUACUGAUGAUAUCGACUUUAAAAGAAGACUUGUUGCUCGUCCAAACGGCGGAGGAUAUAAUUCGCCUCCACAGCAAUAUGGCGGAGGAUAUAAUUCGCCUCCACAGCAAUAUGGCGGAGGAUAUAAUUCGCCUCCACAGCAAUAUGGCGGAGUAUCUAUUUCGCUACCACAGCAAGAUACUUGUGGAGGUGAUAUCGUUAGCCUCUUAAUUUUCGAAGGCAAGCAAACAGUUUUAACUAAAUUUUCCUGGAUGGCUUUGCUGGAGUACCUUUCCCCAGACGGAGAAUAUCUGGAACCCAAGUGCGCGGGCUCACUCAUCAAUAAUCGCUACGUUUUAACAGCAGCUCACUGCUUGGAACCAGUCAACGCAAAACUUGUCUCUGUGAGGUUGGGCGAGCAUGACACUCGUACAGACCACGAUUGCCAAGGAAGAAUAUGCGCACCAGGCGUUAUAACGGUGCCCAUUGAAGAGAAAUUUUCUCACGAAUCCUAUUAUGCCGGAUCCAACAAUUUUUUGCACGAUAUUGCCAUAAUCCGCUUGGCGCAUGAGGUUGCCUAUUCGCCCACAAUUCGGCCAAUAUGCCUUCCCUCCACUGUAGGCGGUGUGACAUUGCGACCCGGUCAGCAGCUGACCGUGGCAGGAUGGGGUCGCACUCAGAAUGGCUUACCAAGUCCCACUAAACUUGAGGCCCAUGUCGACUAUUGGGCUUACGAUAUGUGUCGUAGGAGAUACUUAUCUGAGUACAUCGCCUUGGCACCCAGUCAAAUUUGCGCCUUAGGUAAAGGUGACAGCUGCGAAGGGGAUUCGGGUGGACCACUGAUGGCAUACCGUCAAGGUACUUGGGUCCUGCAGGGAAUUGUGUCCUUUGGUAAAACUCAUUGCGGACAAGUAGGUUGGCCAUCGGUUUACACGAACGUUACUGCAUAUGAUGACUGGAUUAAGGGAAAAAUGAGGCCUUAAAAGGGUUAAGUUUACUUGUGGGACUUAACAAUACAGUAAAUGAUUAUGUAUUA